GGACCGGCCCACACGAGCCACACCUCCCGCCGCGCGCUCUGGGCUUCAGUCGGGACUUUCCUGCGCCAAAAUGGCCUCUAAUGCCCCGCCCCCACACACUCUGGACCUCGCUCUGUCUGGUCCAUCCUUGCACGUCGCUCGCAGCUCCGCCCAAAUCCUCCUGGACCUUCUCCGGACCCGGUUUCACUGUGAGGCGCAGAUCCUCGGCGUAGACCUGACCUCGAACCCGGGACUCAGACCUCACGUGGCCCCGGAGAAGCGCUUCGAGCACAUACUGCCCUCUGGUGUCCGAGUGUCCGUGUGGAAGGGAGAUCUGGCAAACUUCUCGGCUGAAGCUGUGGUCAACGCCGCCAACUCCCAACUCCAUCACGCCGGAGGUCUGGCUCUGGCUCUGGCCGAAGCCGGAGGGCCGCAGAUUCAAAAAGAGAGCGACGAUUAUGUCCGGACCAGUGGAAAUGUGAGGACAGGAGAGGCGGUGGCUUUGGGAGCGGGGAAACUUCAGUGCAAAGCCGUGAUCCACGCCGUCGGACCUCAGCUGUCCUUCAGACCCACAUCUUAUGAGGUUUCAGUGGGUACAGUUCAGCUGGAGCGAACCAUCAGGAGCGUGCUGGAAAUAGUGGAGGAAAAAAAGUUCAAUACAGUGGCGAUUCCAGCCAUAAGCUCCGGAAUCUUCAACUUCCCAUUGGCAGAAUGCGCAGACGUGAUAGUGAACACGGUCAUGAAGUUCUACGGGAGCAUCUUGUCACACAGGUUUAAGCCCAAAGAGGUUCUCCUGGUGAACAUCGACGACCCCACAGUGCAGGAGAUGGCGCUGGCGUGUGUCAGGCUCAUGUCCCCCGUGCCGCCGUCCUACAGCCAGGUGGCAGGAGUCGCACCCCAGACCAGAAGAGCCGCUAAAGGGGCGGCUCCUCCUCCCCAAGUCCAGUUAGGAGCCGUGUGUGUGAUCCUGAGGAAAGGACGCCUGGAGGAGGAGAAGACGGAUGUGAUCGUGAACACCAUCGGCACAGACAGAAAACUGAGCACGGGCCAAGUGUCCAGGGAGUUACUGAGGAAAGCUGGCAACAAGAUGCAACAGGAGAUCUACGGCGCCCCCUAUAGUGGGUGUGUGAUCAUUACAAAAGGAUUUAAAUUAAGCUGUAAAGAAGUCUACCACACCUGCUGCCCCUAUAAACAACAGCAUGGAUCUGACCAGGCGUUGUUCACGUCUGUACGGGACUGUCUGUGGAACGCUGUAUCGUCCAAGCACAGCUCCAUCGCGUUCCCGGCCAUCGGCACCGGGAACCUGGGCUUCAAGGAUACAGAGGUGGCUCAGCUCAUGCUGAACGCCGUGUGUGACUUCACUAAAAGCUAUCCUCCCCCUUUAAACGUGCACUUUGUCAUCUUCCCCUCAGACGUGGAUCGAUUUAAGGCGUUUGAAAAAGAACUGAGAUCCCUCCAAACAAACGUUUCCCAGAUGUCGCCGCCUCACAAUUUUUCACAAGGAGCUCAGAACUUUACACCAGCUCUGCCCCCAAAGCAAGCGUCUGCAGCGUCUCACGGGGACAGACCUGAGGAGAGUCCGGUGGUUUCCCCAGAGCCGCGUCUCCUUCUGCAGAGCUCCUCAGAGGAGAACGUCACAGAGGCCAGAGCCUGGGUCACAUCUCUGCUCCACAACAAGGACAACAAAGUCUGGAUCUACAACAACUUCACCCAGCACCUCGGAGACAAACAACUGCAGGACCUGUCCAACAUGGAGGUGUACGGCGUGGAGGUGGAGGAGCUCCUGGAGAAGGGUUGCUCUGGGUUUAUGGUGAGUGGAAACAGGGCGGAGGACAUCGCGCUCACAGCUCUGACACUGGAGCAGAAGAUCCAGGAGGCGCAGAUGGAGUACGAGGACGAGGAGCGGGAGGAGCUGAGGAGGCUGACCCGGAGGAGCCAGAGUCCGAAGGGUCAGACGAGGGAGAACCGCAGAGAGGAGGUGAGAGGAGAGAGGAGUCGUGUGUCCAGAGGUGACUCUUCAAUCAAACAUCUGGUGGAGCAGCUGAGGAGCUUCGGCAUGGAGACCGUCAAGGUGGAGCGUGUGAAGAACCCAGCGCUGGAGAGACUGUUCAAGCUCCAAAAGGCCCAGAUGCCCUCCCACUCCUCCCAGACGCUGCUGCAGCUCGUCUCUGCUCAGUUCUGUGACACGGUCGGCCAUAUUGGAUUCAGGCCCGAGUGUGCGCCUCCUGAUGAUCCGUCUCUUGGUGAGGGGCUGUACUUUGCUGCAGAUGUGGCGUCGGCUCUGGACACAUGGACCAGACUCUCAGACCAGUUCCUUUAUCUGUUUGUGGCUGAGGUCUUAAAGGGGAAGUCCGGGCCUGGUGCGCGCGGUUUAGUCCUGGGUCUUGGUCCGGGUCUUGAUCCUGGUCUUGAUCCUGGUCCGGGUCUUGGUCUUGCUCCAGAGACUCGCUAUGACUCCGUGGAGAGUUCAAAGGUCACUGUUGUUUUCAGUCACCUGCAAGCAGUGCCCCGAUUCCUCCUGACCUGCCAGAGACCGGGACUAAAGUGGGACUAAAGUGGGACUAAAGUGGGACUAAAGUGGGACUAAAGUGGGACUAAAGUGGGACUAAAGUGGGACUAAAGUGGGACUAAAGUGGGACUAAAGUGGGACUAAAGUGGGACUAAAGUGGGACUAGACCGGGACUAGAGCGGGACUAGAGCGGGACUAGACCGGGACUAAACCAGGACUAAACCAGGACUAAACCUGGACAAAAGUGGGACUAAAGCAGGACUAUCUCAGUCCUCGUACUCUGAGGACCGCCUUAAAACUUUGUAUUACUUUCUGUAUGAUCCUGAGCUAAAACUUUACUUUGUGGUGAAGCUUUUGAAAUAUAUUUUUGUCAUUUUCAUUUGACAUUUGUUUUUGAAUCAUUUUUGUGAAGGAAAAUCUGUAAAAGUUCAGAGAGAACUGUGUUUUUAUUCUAUGCAAAUACAAUUAAAGAGAUUCAUAAC